UUUGCAGCGGAGUACAUGAACACGUGCGACAUGUGUUAUUGUGCUGGUUUAAGUUAAUUUUAAUUUUCUAUUUCUUUUCAUUAUAGUUUUAAUAAGUUGUGUUAUAUAACCUUGAACUAAACUUUUAAACUCUAAAGUUAAUCUGUAAUUCAAAAUGGUUGGACAACGCAAGAAGAAGUACCAGUCAGGAGAAGGAGUACAGUACAUGUCUCGAGCUCGAGCAAUGAAGAAACUCCAGCUGACUUUAAAGGAUUUCCGGAGACUAUGUAUUCUCAAGGGCAUCUACCCUCGAGAGCCGCAGAGUCGGAAGCGUGCCCAACAGGGAAAAGCAGGCAUACAGACAUUGUAUCACAAAAAAGACAUUCAGUUUUUAAUGCAUGAGCCGAUAAUCUGGAAAUUGAGAGAUAUGAAGGUUCAUUUUCGACGACUUGGGAGAGCCAAGAGCUUAAGAAAGUUUGGUGAAAUGAAACACUUGAUGAAGAAACAUCCGAAUUUGACGUUAGAUCACAUAGUCAAAGAGAGGUAUCCGACAUUCAUAGACGCCCUACGAGAUCUGGACGACUGCCUGACUCUCUGUUUCCUAUUCGCCAUGUUCCCCAGCCUCAACGGAGUGCCACGAGACCAGAGCGUACUCUGCCGCCGGCUUACCAUAGAGUUCAUGCAUGCCUGCAUCGCUGCCAAGGCCCUACGGAAGGUCUUCGUCUCCAUCAAGGGCUACUAUUUCCAGGUGGAGUUGAAGGGUCAAACUAUCACUUGGAUCAUGCCACACCAGUUUUCUUUCCAGCCCCAGAGCAGACGAGAGGUGGAUUUUCGUAUAAUGUCAACGUUCACACAAUUCUACACGGUCAUGCUGGGUUUUGUGAACUUCCGUCUGUACCAUUCCCUGAAUCUGUAUUACCCACCGACAUUUGCCUCCUAUUCUGCUUUAGAAGCGAAGGGCAAUGAGUUGGUGGAUGAAGAGGCAUACCUGUCCGAACGUAUUGCAGCCCUCAACCAGCCCUUGGCACGUUCUGGCACGUCGGAGGACAAUUCUGAUGAAGUGGAACUUGAUGCUUUUCCAACGACGGAUGAUCCCGAGAAGCUGGAGGAGGCUAAGGUAGAAGCGGAGAAGUUGCGGAAGUUGAAGACACUGUUCAACGGUCUGAAGGUGUUCCUGAACCGAGAGGUACCCAGGGAGCCCUUGACCUUCGCCCUGCGCUGUUGUGGUGCGGAGGUGUCGUGGGACAAGCAGUUGUUUGUGGGCGCCACUUUUAAUGAGAAUGAUGAGACGAUCACACAUCAGAUUGUUGACCGGCCCUCUAUGGAGACGCAGUAUAUCUCAAGGUACUACGUCCAACCGCAGUGGGUGUUUGACUGUGUCAAUGCUCGGGAGUUACUGCCUGUAGAGAAGUAUCUGCUCGGUUGUGUGUUACCUCCACACCUCUCGCCCUUUAUUGACCCUUCGCGUAAGGAGGAAUAUAACCCGCAGGAGAUGCCAGACCGUUCACUCAUCACCGCUGCAGCUGAAGGUGGAGAGGAGUCUGAGAAGGAAGAAGAGGACACAAAUAUGGAUGCCACUGCUAACUCUGGUGUUGAGAGUGAGUCUGAAGAUGAAGAGGAUGAAGAAUCUUUUGGUGAAAACGAAGAAAAUGAGGAAGAUACGGAGAAGGAUGCCCUUAGAAAAGCAAAGCGGGCCGGGAUGAUGGUGAGCAGCGGGAAGGUGGAGAAGGAGGACCCAGCGGAGCAGAGACGGGAGGAGUAUCAGGAGUUCAAGCUCCGUGAGAAGAUGAUUAACAAGAAACACCGUAGACUGUACCAGAGCAUGAUGAAGGGACGGCGGGACCGCAUCAGGGACAAGAAGAUACUGAUGAAGAAGAGGAGGAUAAUUGACGAGAAAAAGGGAGGGCAUAAAGAACAAAAACAAAUGGUUAGAACUUAGUUCAAACUGGAGGGUUUUUGCAAAUUAUAUUUUUUACAAUUACAAGCUAUUGUAAAGAUUUGUAAAUAAACAUUAAUUGUGUACAUAAACACUUUUAAAGUAACUAAAGUUUUAUUUUUUUAUUCAUAAAUUUCCAUUAUCAAUGUCUGUGACUAAAAUAAUCUUAUGUUUGGUAAAAGAGUGGUCAGUUUUAACUAAUCCAACUGUAAAAUCACAAAAGUGCAGUUGAUAAAAUAAAAAGAACCCUGCUCUUAACUCUUAUAAUGCUUAACUCUCAUGGUUAUGCUAUAAGUGGGUUAUGUAGUUAGCUAAGUGCCACGUUAGUGUUUCUGUAAGUUAUUCAUCUUAAGUUGUAUUUUUGGACAUUACAAUGUUUUUUAAAUCCUGCGGUAUUUAUGUCAAGUAUCACAUGCAUCCGAGUAGCUUCACAAGAAAAUUCAAUAUGUUAGUUUACAAAUGUUGUAACUUAAGUUAACUACCAUACCAAAAGAACUCUGAGCUUUUUCUAUGUUUUGAUAUUUUUGUUUUUUGUUUUAAAACUCAACAUAAUAAUUAUAAAACCAAGUUAUAUGUAUUUUAUUUAUUUGUGUUUUCUAAUUAUACAUAUUAAAAAAAACAUGAA